UUUUAGAAUGUCUAUAUGUACUAAUGCAUCGAAAAGGCACAUGCUUAUGUUUGCACUCACGUCACUGGAUUCGAACCCUUCUGUGGUCAAAAAGGAACUCUACGUAGUUAUAUCAUUUCUUCAUCCAAGAUUUGGACGCCUCUGGUUUAGUAUACUCUUUCUCUCUGUCAACUGCAAUUGCAAUGGCUUCAGAGUCUCAUGAUCAGCUUCACUUUGUUUUGAUACCACUAAUGUCUCCGGGCCACCUUCUACCAAUGGGAGACAUGGCUAAGGUGUUGGCACAGCAUGGUCUGGUGGUCACAAUUAUCACCACACCCCUCAAUGCCAUUCGAAUCAAACCGAUGAUUGAUCGCGCCAUUGAUUCCGGUCUCUCCCUUCAUCUAGUUCAGUUUAGGUUGCCACUUGCUGAGUGUGGCCUCCCAGAGGGAUGUGAAAACAUGGACGCAGUCCCUGCAAGAAACUUGUUUUGGAAUUUCUUUGAGGCAGGUAGCAGGCUGCAACACCCAAUAGAAGAGUUGCUUGAAACUGUAGAACCCCAUCCGAGCUGCAUAAUUUCAGAUAGACACCUGCCUUGGACAGCUGAGAUUGCUCGAAAGUUUGGGAUACCAAGGUAUUUGUUUGAUGGAACUAGUUGCUUCACUCUAUUGUCUAACUAUAAUAUAGAAACAUCCAAGGUCCUAGAGAGUGUUUCAGGAUCAGAGCCAUUUCUAGUGCCUGGGUUGCCUGAUGAGAUUGAGAUUACUUUAGUCCAGUUACCGGGGCACAUGAAUCCGGCUUCAGAUGAUUUCAGAGAGUUUUACAAAAAGAUGAAGGAAUCUGAAGAGGGAGCAUGCGGGGUUGUUGUGAAUAGCUUUGAGGAUUUGGAACCAGAAUAUGUCAAAGAGUACAGAAAGGUUAGUAGAGUUUGGAGUAUUGGUCCAGUGUCGCUAUCCAACGACACUGAAUUGGACAAAGCUCAGAGAGGAAUCAAGGCCUCAGUUGAUGAAAACCAGUGCUUAAAAUGGCUUAAUUCAUGGCCUGAGAGCUCGGUGGUUUAUGUGUGUCUCGGAAGCCUUAGCCGCGUAGCAACCCUUCAGUUGGUAGAGCUUGGUUUAGGCUUGGAAGCAUCAAAUCAGCCUUUCAUUUGGGUGGUCAGCAGAAAUAAAACUGAAGAAUGGGAAAGUUGGUUGUUGGGAGAUGGAUUUGAAGACAGGAUUAGAGCCAGGGGAUUGUUAAUCUAUGGUUGGGCUCCACAAAUACUAAUACUGUCACAUCCUGCAGUUGGUGGAUUUCUAACACAUUGUGGUUGGAAUUCAACUUUGGAAGGGAUUUGUGCUGGGAUUCCAAUGAUCACAUGGCCUAUGUUUGCUGAGCAGUUCUACAAUGAGAAGUUGAUAGUGCAAGUCUUGAAGAUUGGUGAGAAAGUUGGGGCUAGUGUGGCAGUUCCGUUGGGGAAACAAGAGCGGUCUGUGGUGACCGUGAGGAGUGGUGAGCUUAAGGACGCCAUAGAGAAAGUCAUGGUCAAUGAACAAGGAGAAGAAAGAAGACAAAGAGCAAAGAGGCUUGCAAUGAUGGCCAAGAAAGCUACAGAGGAGGGAGGCUCUUCUUACUUUAAUAUUAGACUGUUAAUUGAAGAUGUAAUAUCAUAUAAACACCCCUAGCAGUACCAUUUGAGGCACGUACUCUCUGGCUUUAACCACGUACAAAUACCAUCCUCUUGCCAGCUGACUCAUCCUGUUUUCAUGCCGGAACAGCAUUACGGAAUUUUUCGGGUUCAUCCUGUAAUAUGUAUUAUCUACUCAGUCAUUGGCACUUAUACACUGCUAUGAGAAGGUAAUCUUAGUUCUCAAGAUACAUGUACUUUCACAAGAUAUACGCUUCAUUGGCUUCCCAAUAGUGUACUUGUAUGUAGUUUUCUAACUAUGGUCAGCAGACUGAAAUUCAGAAAAGAAUGUAUAGUUGUUUACAAUAUAUUUGAAGCCAACUGUAAACAGCUAUGUUUUGUGAAUCUGUGAUUAACCCCCAUCUUUCUUUCCUUUAUCUAUUCAAGCAUAAUUUUCUUUCACAUGUGUUCAAUCUGAAAAUUAUAGGCAUUUACAACCAGAGAUCAUUGUGUAAAUCUAUUUUGCGCCACAGUUUCUAUUUUUCUGUAGUAGGUAUUAUAGACGUUUUGUUUUCCAUAUUCUAGUUUUUAUUGUUAGCUUAGUCAUAUGCACUAGAAGAGUAUAUUAUACCGGCUAAUAAUAUUCCUUGCAUUCAUUUCUGGUCUUUCUAGAUUGUCAGAUAUUCAAAUUUCUAAAUUUCUGCAACAUGCAAGGAUCCUAUCCAGUUUGUUAAAUGUCAUAUUUAAUUUUUUCAUCACAUGAGGCAUGAU